CAAAAACUCCUAAACGUUUGAAACCGAAGCAGCUACAACUCUGAAAAUGAAAUUCGCAGUGUCAGUAUUGUCUGUCUUGGUCUUGGCCACCGGCCUCAGCGCUUACAGGCUGCCAGCGACAGGUUCAGGAGAGCUUGCCAAGGACCUGCAGGACUUCCUCGACCUGAUACCUUUGAAGAAAGCGAGCAAGCUGGUGAUAGCAUACCUGGCUCGAGACAAAGAGUUCCAGGCUGCCAUAGAGGUUCUCUACUCCAAGGAGCUGUACAAUUUCAUGAUGGACGUCGAGGCUGCACCCGAAUAUGCCGAAAUGAUUUCGUUCAUGCAGAAAGCUGGUCUCGAUGCCUAUUAUUUGUUGAAACAACUAAACGAGUUGCUGGCCAGUCAACGAUUGCACGCCACGGAUUACGUCGACACUCAGAUCUCAGGAGGACUCGUAGGCUUCGCCGCGGACUUCGGCUCUCUCGUAUCCACCGAAAAGGGACAGGUCCUACUCGAUGAGAAGGUAGCAGCCGGUGGCGUUUUCACUGAGUACUACAACCUCUUAAUGAGCCAGAGGUUCCUGGAAUUCUACAAGAAGGCCUUAAAUGACGUGCACUAUCAGAUUCUGGUUAGGGAUGCCGAAAAGAAGAACAUCGACGCCGUGGCCUUCCAGCAGCUCUUCACCAUUCUGACCGUCCUCAGGGCAGUCAUUGCUUAGAAAUCUGAAAAACGACACUGAAGUUUGGACGUUUCUCUUGCUCGGCUUUUCGAUUUUUGGCUCUACAUUAUUUUUUUUCCCUGCAUUUAAUCACGGUUAAAUGAAGGAAAAAUAUUUCUUUGUUUUGGGAUUAAGGAAAAUAGAGAAUAAUUGAAUAUGUUUGUUAAUUAUUGUCAUUGUUGUUGUAUGACGAAGUUUUUAUAAUAAAUGGUAUUGUUCAGCAUUA